CAGCAAGAAGUAUUAAAUGGUCAUGACGAAAAGCAUCAAGCUGAAAUCGAACAUCUUCGUUGUCACCUGUUGGAGGUUUCGGAGGAGAAAGAGCGCGAAAUUGAAGCAAGAAGAAUCAUGGAAGGAGAUCUCAGAAGUCGCAUUACAGAUUUCUCAAAAAGAGUAACUGCGUUGGAAUCUGAAUUAGCCAACAAAAAAUACAAAAAUGUAGAAAAUAUUCAGUCUCUCGAAACAGAAAUUGAAGAACUAGUAACAAAAUUAGAGAGAGUUAAGGAAGAUUACAAACAUGAAGUCAACUUAUUGGAUGAAGAAAAGUCAAAACUUAAUUUGUGUAUCAUUAAUAUAACUGAUGAACGUGAUAAAUUGGAGGUGAAGUUACAAAAACGACAGAAUGUAAUUCUUGAACUUCAAGCACAAUUAUCAGCUCUUCAAUGCGAAUUAGAUGAAUUAAAAGCUGAAUAUGAGAAACUUCUUGAAGAUUAUUCAAUACAAAUGGACGAUGUUCGAUAUAAACACCAAGAAGAAAUUAAUAAAUUAACUACGGAUUUUGAAAAAGAAAAAGUGACUCUUAGAAAUGAAAACGACUUUGAAAUAUCGCGUAAAUUAGAAAUCGAAACCAAAGCAAAAGAUGUUGAAGAAGAAAAUAAUUUUCUCAAGGAAGAGCUAGAAGAUAUCCAAAGACUUUACAAAGAUGUUAAUAAUCGUUUAUACGAAGCACAUCAAGAAUUAGAAGAAUCGGAUAGAAAACAUAACCUUGUUUUGAAGAAACAAAAAGAAGACUUAGCUGACAUAAUAAAACUUCAUGAUGAUGAAACAUUUAAACUGAAACAACAAUUGGAGAAUGCAAGACUGGAUUAUUUGAAGGAAAUAGAAAACCUGUCAAUGGCAAGAGAUAAAGAGAUAGUGGAAUUAAAAGAAGUUGCUGCUAAAAAGGUUGAAGAAGAAACGAAGCGAAUUAAGCAACACGCUGAAAAAAUGGUAGAAAAUGCAGAAGCAGUUACCAGAGAAACGUUGGCAGCUUGUCGUACGGAAUGCGAGGAAAGAGUUAAAAGAGUGAUAGCCGAAAGCGACGCGAAAGUAAGCGGGUCCCACGUAAACGCUAUGAUCAGAAAAGCAAGAUCUACUGUAGAGAAAGAAAUGCGACUCAGUGCGGAAAAGUAUAAAGCAUGUUUAGCGCGGGUACAAUUGGAACGAGCAGCAUUGGAUGAAAAACUAGUGCAGAAGAAUGCUGAAAUUACCAGAGUUUCCGUGAUCCUUGAAGACUUAAAGUCCUCUGCAGAAACACAA